AUGAGUCCGUAUACGCCCACGGAUGUCGAGGAGCAGCGAUGCUUUAUACCGCAUCAUCCGGUAUUAAAGCCAAGUAGCACUUCGACGAAGGUAAGGGUUGUAUUUAACGCGUCUGCGCGCACUGGCAAUGGAAAGUCUCUCAACGACUGCCUCCUUAUUGGACCAAAAUUGCAGACUGAUCUAUGUGCCAUUUUGUUACGUUGGCGCUGGCACCGGUUUGUGUGUGCCGCCGAUAUUGCGAAGAUGUUUCGGCAAAUUCGCGUGCACGAUGAUCAUACGCGUUUUCAAUUAAUUCUCUGGAGGCAAUCGGAGAAAGACGCGGUAAUUCCGUAUCGGUUACGGACGGUAACUUACGGCACCGCUCCUGCGCCCUUUUUAGCAUUGCGCGUCUUGCGGCAGUUAGCAGAGGACGAGAAGCAUCGUUUCCCUCUGGCUGCGCAUAACGUCAUAUUCAAUUCAUAUGUUGACGAUAUAUUUUUUGGCGCGUCGGAGAUAGAAGAAUGUCGCGAGAUUCGAGAGCAGAUGAUAGGACUGACCAACGCGGGCGGGUUUCCUCUACACAAAUGGAGUUCCAAUUGUCCGGAUUUAAUCUCCGAUUUAUCCGAAACGAUUCGCGAUCCUGCACAAAACGUAGAUUUUAAAGAGGAUGAUCAAUUAAAAAUCCUUGGCAUAUAUUGGGCACCAUUGGAGGAUGCUUUUAGUUUUCGUAUUUGUGCAGAAGUUCCGUCGCAUAUAACAAAACGCACCUUUCUCUCGUAUAUAUCGAGAAUCUACGAUCCAUUAGGUUGGUUGUCGCCUGUCAUUAUUAUCGGUAAGAUCCUUAUUCAACAAUUGUGGCUGUCUAGGAUCGACUGGGACACGACACUACCGUCGGACCUGAAUGAAAGGUGCAUCUCUUUUUGCCACGGACUCAUCUCGCUUGCUACUGUUUGUAUCCCGCGCUGGGUGCACUCCCGCGAGGACUCAAGUAUCGAGAUCCAUGGGUUCGCGGAUGCGUCCCAGGCCGCUUACGCAGCCGUGAUCUACCUUCGAGUGAUCCAUAAAUUCGAGCCACAAGUUUUCUUGCUAACAAGUAAGAGCAAGGUUGCUCCGUUGAAAACGGUCUCGGUUCCUCGUUUGGAGCUCUGUGCGGCCGAACUCUUAUCACGGCUCCUUGCUUGGACCAUUUCUGCGUUGAACCUUGAGCAGGUCCCCAUUUACGCUUGGACGGAUUCCACCGUCGCAUUGGCCUGGCUUAGCAAGUCUCCGGCCACAUGGAAAGUAUUCGUGGCGAAUCGGGUGUCUCUCAUCCAAACGCAAUGUCCUCAGGCAAGUUGGCGUCAUGUUCCUACGCAGGACAACCCUGCGGACUUAGCUUCUCGUGGAGUCUCUCCGACUCAAUUGAUCAAAAAUCCACUAUGGUGGUACGGGCCCUCGUGGCUCUCCUGUGAGCCCCAAGAGUGGCCCUCUGUCGACUCUUCUGAUAGUCUGCCGACUUCUGACCUUGAGGCACGGUCAGUCGUCACUCACGUCACCAAUGUCUCCGAGUGGGAUCUGUCCACUCGCUAUUCUGAUUGGAGCAAACUGCUCAAGAUAACUGCGUUAAUUUUACGCUUCGUGAAACUGACACGACGACAGCUUCCAUGUACGGAACUUUUAUACACUACGCGGUUGAUGACGGAAGCCAAAACCUUUUGGAUCAAGGUCAUACAGUCGUCGUUAUAUGCGACCGAACUUCAUUUAUUGCGAGCCGAGCAAAGAUUGCCACGUUCGAGUUCGCUACUUUCUUUGGAUCCGUUCAUUGAUGAUGACGGAAUUAUUCGUAUGGGAGGCAGAUUGAUGCACGCUCCAUUGACAUUCGCUCAGAAGCAUCCAGUAAUCCUGAGCCAAACUCCUCUGACGCGUAUAAUAGUGCGUGAUGCACAUUUACGCACUCUCCAUGGGGGAACGUCGUUAACAUUACGUCUACUCCGAGAGGAGUACUGGAUACUCCGAGCAAAAAUAAUUGUACGAUCGGUUAUUGGUCAGUGUGUCAUCUGCUCUCGACAUCGUGCAAAUUUGAGCAGUCAGAAAAUGGCUCAUUUGCCCGAGAUACGAACUAAUGUGGCGCGUCCGUUUUUGAAAGUCGGGGUAGAUUAUGCCGGACCCUUGCCAGUGCGCGCCUUCGCCGGACGUGGUCAUCAAUCCCGUAAGGCCUAUAUAGCCCUUUUCGUGUGCUUGAUAACCCGUGCCGUGCACAUAGAACUCGUUACCGAUCUGUCUUCCGCAGCAUUCAUCGCCGCCUUUCGACGAUUUUGUUCACGCCGCGGUAUUCCUGCGAUUGUAUUAAGCGAUAACGGAACCAAUUUCCGUGGCGCGCAGACGGAAUUAUACCGUAUUUUUCACGCUAGUAUGUGCGAUGGUGCCGUCGAAUCAUCUAUGGCCUCGUUAGGCAUAGAAUGGCGCUUUAUUCCAGCCUCCGCUCCACACUUUGGCGGGAUUUGGGAAGCUGGAGUAAAGUCGGUCAAGCACCACUUAAAGCGUAUAGUUGGCGUACAUACGCUAACCAUUGCCGAAUUAGAGACACUGUUGUGUCAAAUAGAGGCCUGCCUAAAUUCGCGACCGAUCGCUGGACUCUCGAAUUCCCCAGACGAUCUAUCGUAUUUGACUCCCGGUCACUUCUUGACCGGCGCUCCACUUCUUGCGUUGCCUGAUGCUUUGCUACUAGAUCGUCCGGAAUCGAGAUUGACGAGAUAUCAACUCGUUCAGCGGAUGCGAGACCGAUUUUGGCAGGUUUGGCGCUUGGAUUUUCUUAACUCUCUGCAGAAGCGCAAUAAAUGGCACAAUCAGCGCGCAAAUUUAAACGUGGGUGAUAUUGUCAUCAUUAAGGAUGACAAUGCUCCACCCUCUAGAUGGGAAUUAGGGCGUAUAACACAGUGCUUCCCGAGUGAAGAUGGGUUGAUCCGCGUUUGCGAGGUGAGGACUGCUACCUCUACCUUUCGACGACCGAUCCACAAAUUGUGUCUCCUUCCGAUCGCUGAUCGAGACGAAAAGGAUCACAAUCUGUAG